UCAACAUGUUGAUUGUAGUAUAGCUAGUUAAAAACCCAUAAUGACAGAACAAAAAUCACCUUUUUUUCUUUAUUUAGCCGUACUUUCGGUUAACUUACACUCCUUUGCCACCGUUUCGUCACUGACAUGGUCCUCUCCGAGUUUGGUGAUCUUGAACAGCAACGACACCAGCAUCAACCCUUUGGGCAGGCCGCUGACGAACCUGGAAGAAUCCUGGAUAAUCUCCUUGAUAGCGCUCGGCGCCGUCGCCGGCAACCUCAUAGCCGCCUACGUAGCCAAGAAAUUGGGCCCGAAAAACGCCCUGAUCGCCUCCGCGGUCCCUUUCAUCGCUAGCUACCUGAUGCUAGCCCACGCGACCACCACCUAUCCGUUCUUCAUAGCCAGAUUCGUAGCGGGAACGUGCGCGAUGUUCAGCAUGGUCAUAAUACCGGGCUACAUUUCCGAGAUAUCGCCGGAUCACAAUCGAGGGUUCUUCAUAAGUCUCACCGGCGCCUCGAUUUCAAUAUCGAAUUUAUUGAAUUACUGCGUCGGGCCUUACUUGAGCAUCAAAGCCAUGGCUUACGUGGUAAACAGCACGAUGGUAUUGUUCUUGCUCAGUUUCGUGCUGUUUGUCCCCGACAGCCCGCAUCGCUUGAUGACAUUGAAGCGGAACGCGAAAGCCGAGAAAAGUUUGAGGAGAUUUCGCGGGAACGAGGACGUCGCGAAAGAAUUGGAUGGCAUUCGCGGCCUCCUGUCGGACAGGGAGACAGAGAAAAUCAACGUUUUCAAAGAGAUGUUAGGUUCUCCUGCUGCUUUAAAGGGAUUAGUGGUUUGUUGUUCGCUGUUCUUCGUGCAGGUAGUCGGUGGUUACGGGUUCAUUCCGACGUAUUUGCAAACUAUAUUCGAAAAAACAGGUGAUGCUAUACCAUCGACUAUUGCUUCGAUUGUGAUUGGGAUUGUGCAGACCAUGGCGACUUUUGCAUGCAGUAUGGUUAUCGAUAGAUUAGGUAGAAAAAAGGUUUUGUACGUGUCUCUAGUAGGUUCUGCUGUACCCCUAGUGUUUUUGGGAUUGUUUUUCUCUUUGAAAAAGUACAAUUAUAACACGGAUAUAAUAUUUUGGAUGCCUCUAGCCGCCUUGAUCGCGUUCUUCGUGUCUUUCUCCUUGGGCGUAGGGCCUAUAGGGUUGAUAAUGAGCGGGGAGCUGUUCACCCCGAACUUUCAAUCGACUUGCGUUAGCAUAUCUCUGAUGUUGAAUUCUGCUCUCGGUUUUUUCUACAUUCUCAUGUUUCCUUUUCUGAUAGAACUCGUAGGAUUUGAGGCUUUGUUGUAUUUCUCCGCUGUAAUGAACUUGCUCGCUAUAGUUUACGUGAAAGUCUGCGUACCCGAAACGAAGGGAAAGAGCCUCGAGGAAAUACAGCGGUUGUUGGGAGGGCAGAUUUGCGAAAAAGAGGAAGUUGUUAAAUAAAAUAUUCGAACUGU